AUGUCUCAAGAAACCUCUCAAGCUGGACUGACUCCUGAUAAACCUAAUCCUAUAAACCUACCUCAACCUAAGAUUCCACCUACUUUCGAUCGUUGGUUUUGGACAUCUGAUUAUCGUCGUGGUGUCACUGUUCUGUUCGAUAAACUUAAAGCUGGUUUACGUGAAUCUGACGAACUGAUCGGAUUUGUAAGAAAACGAGCAUUAUAUGAGAGGACCUAUGCACACGAUUUACGUCAAUCGAUCUCAGAACCACUUCAUCCAAAUGGGUUUGGUUACGAUGAUGGAGCUUCAUUCUUAUCAGCUUUUCAUCAAUUAAGAUCAAGUCAAAUCGAUCUUUCAGAUGCUCAUACGAAAUUAUCUCAUCAACUUGAUAGAUUGGUUAUCGGUCCUUUCGAAUCUUGGUCGAUCGAACAUGAAGCAAGAGUGACGGCUAGUUUUAAUCAAGUCGAAAGUAUUUUAAUUCAAUGGGAAAAACAAUCAAAGGAAAUCAUUAAACUUAAAGAAAGGUAUGAACAAAAGAGUCGAGAAGCUGAUGAAGCUGAAGAAAACUCCAGACUCUCACCCGCCACUCGACGAGAGAUGAGUUCAGAAAUGAGUGCUACAAGGAAAGAUGAUUCGAGUGAUUUAGGUGAUCAUUCAGAUUAUGAUGAUGACACUUUGAUCGGUCGAUCUGGUUUAUUACCUGGUGAAGGAUACGCUCAGAUUGGAAAGAAAGUAGGAGAACAAGCCAUCGGUUUAGGACGAGCGGUUUCUCAAAGGAUGCGAAUGGGUGGUGGUCGAGUUGGUUUUCGAGUUGAAAGUGUCGAAUCUCAAUCCAAAGAAGAAUCCGAUAACCCGAUCGACACUAGUUCAGAAACCAAAACAAGUGCCCAAUCCAAAAUCGACGAAGAGGCAAAUGAAACCCAUGAAUCUCCAUCUCCAUUCGAAUGGAGUCGAUUAUUUGAACAAGCGCAAAAGACAAUCUAUAAACAAGAUGUGAAGAUCCCACUCUUGGGUGUUUAUCCCGGUGCACAUUCAGGUGAAGAUUUAGUGAUCUAUUUCAAAACCAACGUCACUGAAUUAUCAUCAUCAGGAAGAGCUAUUGAGUUUUGUAAAGAACUUUCAGAAGAACUGGCUGUACUUCGAUUGAUUGGAGAAAUCGGAAACAAGUUUAUGCCUACUCAUGAUGCCUUUUAUUUGUGGAAACCGGAAGCCUUUACACUUCAUCAAAUCACUCCUGAACCUAAGUUGGAAGAUUUAACUAACACCUUGGCCGACCGACGAUCACUCAAGGCUGGCUCCAAUCUUUCGAACCCUUCAUCACCCGGUCAUUCCAAAAAAUCUUUGUCACUCAGUAACAUUCAAUCUGCACUCCUCUCUCCUGCAGGUUUGUCUUCGAACAACAAUCUGAAUGAAAGCGGAGGACCAAAGGGUGGUGCGUUUGCCAAAUAUUUGCAAACCGCCGUUUCUCAAGCUGCCAAAGGGAUCAAUGAAUUGAGUGCAAGUGUCGGAGUAGCCAAUCCGCCUAUCUCGAUCGAAUCGGCUGAUGAAACUAGAGAAGAACGGCUUAGACGUGAAGCUGAUAGUGCUGAGAAAGCGUAUGCAGCACAGGUGGCUCGACUUGACCAUACUCGACUUAUCCUUGAACAAGCUAUUUCUGAACACGCAUCCUUUCUACAAAGAUGUGAAUUAAAUCGACUUCGAGCAGCUAAAGCAGUCAUCAUGGGUUUCAAUGCAGCCUUGGGAACUUUGAUACCCAAGAUGAAAAAAACGGCCGAAGAAUCAGAUGUCUUGAAUGAAAGCUUUGUACCUGAAUCAGAUGUAGCAGCAUUGGUAGAAAGAUAUCGGACUGGACCAUUUAGACCAUCACCUGUUUUGUUUCAUAGUUUUAAAGGAUUACCUGAUCAAGUGAAUUUUGGAAUCGAUUUGGGAAGAUGGUAUCUUUCGCAAGAUGAUCAACAAGUGGUUGUACCUCCAAUCUUUUCUCGAUUAUUGAAAACCCUCGAAGAGAAAUGUAACAGCAUUGAAUCUCAUAGUGAACGUCGAAAGACUUGGAUUUACGAAGUUCCUCUUAGAGCUGUACACAGUCUUAGAGAAGCUCUAGAUAAUCCUAACCAAUCUCAAAUCUCAGAUGAAAGACUAUCUAAAUUAGAUGCACCAUUAAUUGCAUCUACGAUCAAACUUUGGUUAUUAGAAUUAAAUCCACCACCUGUUCAUUAUUCUAAAUACGAUGAUAUCAAAGCGAUUUAUCCACAAUUAUCAGGAUUCGAAAGUCCUUCUUUAGAUGCCAGAAUAGAUGUUAUGGUAUCUUUAUUAAGCAAAUUACCUAAACCUCAUUUAAUGGUUAUUGAUCAAUUAGUUUCACAUUUGUCUUCUUUGAUUAAAUCUACUCAAACUGAUGAAUCCAAUGAAGUCUUCUUGACUAAACUUGAGAACUCACUAGUGAUUUGGUUUUCCCUCGGUGGUGCUGAGGGAUUAGGUUUGAUCAGACCUAAAGUCGAAACAGCUGUGACUUUAAGUGAUCGAUUCCAAUCCUUAUUUUUAGUUGAUUUAGUUAAUCAUUAUGAUCGGAUCUUACCUAAAGCGAUUUCCAUUAGAAGUGAAUUGAUUGAGAAAACUGAAAGAAGUUUGCCUAAGCGAAAACAUACUAGACCGGUUGAUAUGAGAAUGAGUAGGAGUGGAUUGGGAAUCGAAGGAUCUUUAACUGAUUCUAAAGCUCAAGAAAUAUUGGAAACUCAUCGUAGGAGGAUUUCGAGAAGUGGAAUGGUACCGGCGAGUUUACCGGAUGAAAAGGAAACCAAAGAAGUUGUUGUUAGUUCUCCAAAGCCAAAGGAGUCAACACCGACCGAAGUGAUUAGCACCAAGCAAGUAGAACCAGAAGGCCAAAGUUCAGUAAAUGAUCCGAUCGAACCGAUGAUGAAGAAGGGACCAGAAGUUUCUGAAGAAGAAGAAGGACAAUCUGAUCGAGAUGAACCAUUUGUAUCACCAAGAGAAGUGGAAGAAGGAUUAAUCCCAUCACCUGAAGAUCAUGAUGAUCAUGAAGAAAGAGAUGAAGGAUUUGUGGUACCGAAAUCAUCAUCAUCAUCAUCAGAAGGAGAUUUACCAUUUGUAGCACCGACGGAAGAAAAAGAUUUACCAUUUCUUCCACCUAGAUCUGAACCAGAAGAAGAAGAAGGAGGAGGAGCGAGUGGAAGAGCAGUAGGAGCAGAUCAAGAAGAUAUUCCACUAAGUCAUCAAACAUUAGUGUCUAGAUGGGGAUCAGGUAAAUCAUCACCAAGAGCAUCAUUGAAUAGAAGUAGAGGAGUGAUGAAAGGAAGUCUUGGAACCAAUCGACCGAUCAGUAUUAGUACUUCUGGAGGAUCUGGCAAUGGAACGGAUGGAGGUCAUAAGAAAGCUUCACCUUCUUUUGAUUCUAUUCGGUCUCAGUUCGAAAGUAAAUUGGAAAAUGAUGGGAAUAGGUAUAGACGUGCUACUAAUACUACGGGAAAUCAUCCUAAAGGAAAUCUUAAUAUGAAUAUCAAUAGGUUGAGUGAUGUAGCUGAUGAAUAAGGUAUCAAUGAUGUUUUUUUUCGGAUGGUUUAUCACUCAAUAUAUGGACAAAUGAUGAUGAUGAUUGGUUUCUUGUUUUUGAUAUACAUAUGUGUGGGUGUGUGUUUUUUUGUCUUUAUCAAUCAUACGAAGAAAAAAACAAGAAUUUUUAAAGUCAAGAAGAGAAAGUCUUUUGUUGUAGACACAUGGAAUUAGUUGACUAAAUUAGUAAGAAAUUCAGAACCGAGUAGAAAGUUGUUAAAUAAGAAAGAUUUCUUCAUCAUUUUCAUUUUUCUCAAUUGUUAGUUCUUAUAUAAACAUGUGUGAGAUUUUUUUUUAACUUGUGUUGUUGAUUGUAUAUAUAUAUAUGAAUGAUUUUAUAGUGUUUUUUUUUUUUGAUUAUGUUUCGUUUGAUCUUUAUUGUUUUUGGAUGAGUUUAUUGUUUUUGGAUGAGUUUAUUGUUUGAUUUUAAAGAAAUUUAUGAAAUUGUGUUUGUAUCGAG